AUGUACGAAUCUUGGUCAAUGCGCUGUGCUUCUUUAUUCUUUAAGGAACGCUUUUCUCUGGAAAAUAUUCAUUUUCUUGGUGCUAUACUAGACAAAUACAAGUCUUCAAAGGGAUUUAAUUGUAAAUUCACUAGAAAACUCCAGCACUGUGGCUCUUUCCUUGGUAGAGAUUACAAAGUUCUUCUGCAAGUUCUUCCGGUUAUUUUGGUAACUGAAUUUACUGAAGCUAGCUUAAACUUAGCCAAGGUCAUUCCCUAUUUCUUGAAAUUAGGCAAACCCUGCUCAUUGAUUUUUGUCCGUAAAAUCAGUGAUCAAUUCGAUGACUAUUUACGACAAGUUGAUGAUACAGUAAAAGAGUUGCUCUUGUCUUUUUGCCAGUACGAUUUGACCUGUACUACUAAAAAUCACAAAGGAUAUAUUGGAAAACUCAGGGUUCAUUUUCUCUCUCAUAUUGCUGAAGAUAUUCAACGUUUUGGAGCUGCAUUAAACCUUGAAAAAGGGGAACAGUUUAACGAAAAUAUCUGUGAACACAUCUUUCACACCAACAAAAACCACGUGCCGAAACAAAUUGCAAUUAAGUUUGGCAAACAAGAAGUAAUGCGGCAUAUUGUUGACAGUGGUCCUUGGAUGGAUAACAGCAGCAGACGAGUGAAAGCCGGACUCGACGUUUUAUUGUUUGUCGAAGAGAACGCUCACGAUCUUUUUGGCGGAACAACAGAAUUCAUAAAAAAACAACGAGAGCGAUUUCCCUGUGCUUCAACAAAAAGGCCUCUGACAACUCCUCCCUGCGCUUCGUAG